AUGAUCCAUUCCCAGUACCAGCAGCGUGGCCAUUCCCAGUACCUCCAGAGUGGCCAUUCCCAGUACCAGCAGCGUGGCCAUUCCCAGUACCUCCAGAGUGGCCAUUCCCAGUACCAGCAGCGUGGCCAUUCCCAGUACCAGCAGCGUGGCCAUUCCCAGUACCUCCAGAGUGGCCAUUCCCAGUACCAGCAGCGUGGCCAUUCCCAGUACCAGCAGCGUGGCCAUUCCCAGUACCUCCAGAGUGGCCAUUCCCAGUACCAACAGUGUGGCCAUUCCCAGCAGUGUGGCCAUUCCCAGUACCAGCAGCGUGGCCAUUCCCAGUACCUCCAGAGUGGCCAUUCCCAGUACCAACAGUGUGGCCAUUCCCAGCAGUGUGGCCAUUCCCAGUACCAGCAGCGUGGCCAUUCCCAGUACCAACAGUGUGGCCAUUCCCAGCAGUGUGGCCAUUCCCAGUACCUCCAGAGUGGCCAUUCCCAGUACCACCAUACAAAUAUGCAUACACAAGCACACCAUUCAUGGUCUUCCUUCCCAAAACUCAACAGGUGUGGGACAAGGAAGCGUGGAACAAGACACCUGAGAGUGAGUGCGGACUGA